AUGUUCCGUAUAAUUAUUUUUUUAAUAAUUUGUAUUAGCACUUUUGCUCUAUUAACUCAUUUGAUUUUAUUACCAUUAUUUUUAAAAUAUAUUGAAAAAAUUCAGGAACGAUUUAGAAAAAGAAUUGAAAUUUAUAAUGAAAAUUUAAAAAAUUAUGACGAUAAAAUUAUUCUUUUAGAAGCUAAUUGGAUUAAAAGAGGAAAAAGGCAAAUUGGAAAUUGUCCUAUUCCUGUUAUAGGACCACCUGGAGAUGUUGGAGAUGAUGGUGAAACAGGUGAUACUGGUGAUGACGGAGACGAUGGUGAACCUGGUUUAGAUGCGUUAACAUUAAUUAAACUUGAAAAUGAACGUUGUAUUAUUUGUCCCAGCGGUCCAAUAGGUCCUGAUGGUCCACCUGGUCUUCAAGGACUUGUUGGGCUAAAAGGGGAUAAAGGAAUUCCUGGUAUACCUGGAAAAGAUGGAUUUGAUGGCGAACAAGGAGAUAUUGGAGAUGUUGGUCCACAAGGAUUUCCCGGACACCGUGGUAAACAAGGUCCUAAAGGAAAAGAUGCAUUUGGUGGAAUUGGUUUACCAGGACCUAAAGGGUUACCAGGAUCUCAAGGACCUACCGGGAAACAAGGUCCACGUGGAAAAAAAAAUUAUAUAUAUGGACUUCCAGGUAGUGUAGGUAAACCGGGUCCUAGAGGUUUAGAUGGAAUAGAAGGAUCUCCUGGAUUACGUGGUCCUAAAGGUUUGCCAGGUCUACCUGGUGGUAAUGUAAAAUUUUGCCCAUGUCCAACUGAACUAGAAAAUAUAGAAAAAAAACUUUUAAAUGUAGAAUCAACCACAAUAAGUAACGUAAAUAAUGAAAAAGAAAUAAUUCAAGAAUCAGAUGAAUUUCCUAAAUUGAUAAAUGACAAAUUAACUGAUGAAGAGUUACAUUUUGAUAGUGAUACAAGUUCUCCAAUUAUUCCUAUUGCUAAAAUUGAUGACAAUGGAGAAUUUUCUGAAAAUUUUUUUCCACAAGUUGAAAAUUUGUCAGCUGACGAUUCCGUUAUUGAAACUAUUCCAAUACCAACAUCAUAUAAUGACGUGGUUUCAGAGGAAAAUGGAAAUCAAUACAGAAUAAAUAGACUAAGUCGAUGGAAUUUCGGAACUAAUAAUAACUAUCAACAUCAUAAAUAUGUGAUAAAAACAAAACGUUAUUAUAAAUAUUAA